AAUUAAGUGUAGAGAAGAAACCCUUGUCCGCUUUUCCUUUACGGCGGAGUACGGUGUACAAUUUUAGGAGCUGUGGUAGAUUAGGAACCACGCAAAACCAGAGCUUCAACCUUUGGCAAUGGCGGUCAGGAGACCCAAAGCCCUCAAAACAGAAGAAGAUACAAAGAAUAACAAAACUAAAGGCGACGUCUUUGCCACUUGCUCUUUCUCCAGUCUCGGCCUUCACACUAACUUAUGUGAUCAGCUUCGAGAACGGUUGGGAUUCGAAGCUCCCACCCAAGUGCAGGCUCAGGCCAUUCCCGUUAUUCUUUCCGGCCGUCAUGUACUUGUUAAUGCUUCUACGGGCACUGGAAAAACAAUUGCAUACUUGGCUCCUGUUAUCCAUCACUUGCAGAAUUACAAUCCUCGUAUUCAGAGGUCUGAUGGAACUUUUGCGUUGGUUCUUGUACCAACGCGUGAGCUAUGCCUGCAGGUGCACGAAAUUCUGCAGAAGUUACUGCAUCGAUUUCACUGGAUUGUACCUGGUUAUGUAAUGGGUGGUGAAAACAGGUCAAAAGAGAAAUCCAGGCUGCGGAAAGGCAUAUCCAUUCUUGUUGCAACUCCUGGACGACUGUUAGAUCAUCUAAAGAAUACAUCAUCAUUCAUGCGCUCAAAGUUGCGUUGGAUUAUAUUUGAUGAAGCAGACAGGAUUUUGGAACUUGGAUUUGGAAAAGAAAUAGCAGAAAUACUAGACAUAUUGGACUCAAGGAAGGACAAAACAGUCUCAUGUGUACCUGAAUUUGAGAGGCAGAAUUUGCUUUUAUCAGCUACCUUAAAUGACAAAGUCAAUAAUCUGGCUAAAAUGAGCUUAGAAAAUCCUGUUAUGAUCGGUUUGGAUGAUAAAAGGGUGCGGUCUACUUCAUUACCAGAACAUUUAAUAUUUGAUACGGAUGCCUCAGAACAUCCACUUAAAAUAACAGGUCCUGCUGCAGAUUAUAACCUCCCAUCUCAACUAAAUCAAAAAUAUGUCAAAGCACCAUGUAAUUCACGGCUUGCUGUACUUCUUUCCAUUCUCAAGCAUCUUUUUGACAGAGCAACAUCCCAAAAGAUUGUGGUAUUCUUUUCAACAUGUGAUGCUGUAGAUUUUCACUACACACUGUUGAGUGAGUUCCAAUUCUCACGGGCAGAAGCAGAAGUCAAACAGAAGUUUCUCACGUGUAAUACCUUGCGGCUACACGGGAAUAUGAAGCAGGAGGAUCGAACAGCCACAUUUCAGGCAUUCAAGACAGACAAAUCGGCUCUCUUUUUGUGCACAGAUGUUGCUGCUAGAGGGCUAGAUUUUCCACAAGUAAAAUGUAUCAUACAGUAUGAUUCUCCUGGUGAUGCUACAGAAUAUGUACAUAGGGUAGGGAGAACUGCUCGGUUGGGCGAAAAAGGAGACUCCUUACUCUUUUUACAGCCAGUUGAAAUGGAAUAUUUAAAUCACUUGGAGAAACAUGGCGUGUCACUAUCAGAGUACCCCCUAUCGAAAGUGUUGGAUAGUUUCCCAAUCCACAAUGAGAAGCAUCGUGCCAGGAGUUUUAUAUCUGUAGACUUGCAUCCUUGGGUGGCUGGUUUGCAAAAAGCACUUGAGGCAUUCUCAUCUCAGCCAAAUGUGAAGACUCUGGCGCAGAACGCAUUUUGCUCAUGGGUGCGUGCAUACACAGCUCACCGUGGCGAGCUAAAGAAAAUCUUCAUGGUGAAAAAGCUUCACCUGGGGCAUGUUGCAAAAAGCUUUGCAUUGAGAGAACAACCUUCAUUGGUGAACAAAUCAAUUCAAAAGCAAGCGAAGAGGAAGAGAGACGAAAAGCAAAGGCGACAACCACCUAAAAAGAGAAAAGUUUUUAAGAAAGCUUAAUGUCGGAACAGCUGAAUUGAUAACUUGAAUUAGCAAAGCUCGAGAGAGAGAGAGACACACACACACACGCUGGUGGUGGACAAUUCCUCCUCUCUUUCCUAUACAUAUAUAGCAAUAUUUGCUGACGCAGCUUCACCAUUACCCACUUUAUAAAGUGGUGGUGAUCAGAUAACUGUGUUUGUGGAAGCUGACAAAGCAAAAGAAUCACCUGCUUGGAUUGUGGACGAUCCUUAUUGCGUAUCUAACAAGGGUAAUACUUUUCUUUCAUCUCAAAGCUGACAUGCUUAUGAGGAUCAUAGAGAAGCUUCAAAUUUUGUUCUGCUAUACAAUUUUGUUUGUUAUAAGUGAGUUUAUAGAUAUCUUUAUGUCGUUUGAGUUGAAGUUUUAGUUUUUUUUUUCAAAAUGUUUUAGAUUCAUUGUUUCUUAAUGUAUGGUUCAAUCAUAGCCUAAUCUUAUUAUGGAGUAUGGACUACCAAUUCAUUCUAUUUAUGAUAAAUGUACCCUUAAGUCUUA